CUCGGGACCCCGACGUCUGAACCCGACAAACGCCGCCGUACGGAACAGCCCGCAAACUGGAUGAUGUCUAUUCGCGAAUAUGGCUCUUUCGCUGUCUGGCAGGCUUAAGGCAAAGGGCUGGGUGCUCCUUUUUCUUGCAAUUUCGGCUUCGACAGCAAGUGAAUCUUCACAGAAGGUCCUUUCUGCCUGCCUGUCUAAUCCCUGCCAAAAUGGGGCGCUCUGUCAGGAAGCCCCAGUGAACUUCCUGUGCUGGUGUGCGUCCGACAUGCCUCCUCACUCCGGCAGGAGGUGUGAGGAGUCCGAAGGCCCCUGCCGCCCUGUGUCCUGCCAGGAGAAGCUUUCAUGUACCUCACCCCCCGCGGGCUCCGGAGAGCUCGUCUGCCAGUGUCACCUGGGCUACUGCGAGUCUCAGGUCCAGCUCUGCGCCCGGCGCCUCUGCGGCGGGGAUGUGCAGUGUCACCUCUCCCCCCGCCUCCGCGAAGAGCCCAAUUACACCUGCAAGUGCAAGGGAGGCUACGUGGGUGCCCACUGCGAGGGCCGUGUGAACCACUGUGUCCCGAACCCGUGCCGGAACAGGGCGAUCUGCAGGAGCAAGGGGGACGGAUAUGCCUGCUACUGUGUGCCAGGCUUCCAGGGUAAACACUGUGAGAUUGAGGUAAACGAGUGCGCCUCCCAGCCUUGCCAGAACGGAGCCACCUGCAUGAACAGGAUUGGGAGGUACGCCUGCCUUUGCAAACCGGGCUACACAGGUUCAAACUGCGAGCUCCAAAUCGACGAGUGCCAGUCGCGGCCCUGCCUGAAUGGCGGCAGUUGUCAUGGCUACCUGAGGGGCUUCUCCUGCUUGUGCGCGGCUGGUUUCCACGGAGACGUCUGUGAAAUCGACACUGACGAAUGCCAAAGCCAGCCGUGUCAGAACGACGCCCUCUGCGUCGAUAGAGUGAAUGGUUACAGCUGUGAAACUCCCAUAAUGCCGUGCACAUCCCAGCCCUGUCUCAACGACGGCCUCUGCCAGGAGAAACACGGAAACUACACAUGUAACUGCUGGCCAGGUUACCAGGGCAGACACUGUGAGGUGGACGUCAGUGAGUGUAGUAGCAGCCCCUGCCUCUCUGCUGGAGUGUGCUUAGAGCUCUCCUGGGAGGUGAUGUAUGGUAGAGAGCCUCUCCUCCCAGGCCGUUUCCACCCUCAGCAAGCUGCCGGAUUUGUCUGCAAAUGUAAACCUGGAUUGAAAGGUACUUUUUGUGAAGAGGAUAUCGACGAAUGUGAGCAGAACCCGUGCAAAAAUGGCGGUUCAUGUGUAAACAGUCAUGGAGGUUACACAUGCCAGUGCUCACAACAGAGCCAGGCUGGAUUCCUGUACGGAGGCCUAAACUGCUCCGAGGCUCUGAUUGGCUGUGAGGGUCGUGGGUGUCUAAACGGAGGCACGUGCUUUCCGUUCGUCAGCGAGGAGCAGCACGGGCACAUCUGCAUCUGCCCAGGGGGCUUCAGCGGCUCAAAGUGCCAGAAAUCAACAACCUUCUCUUUUGAGGGGAGUGGCUACCUUCACUUGGUAUCUCCUGCGAGUGACCCUGAGAACCUCUUUAACAUGACAUUGAGUUUCAGGACGGUGCUGGCCAGUGCUGUCCUGUUUCAGUGGGAGAAUGGAGAGUUUCUAAUCAGGCUGAAGCUGGACGAUGGCCAUUUACACCUUGAACUGCAGAGAAACGGUUCUCUGAAUGGGGUCCUGAAGCUGCCGCACGACAUGACGGAUUUAGAAUGGCACUCUGUGGAAGUCACACUCGGGGGAGAAACCCUGAAGAUGAGGACGCUCGACGGGAUGUGUCACCAACUUUGUGGGAAGGAGGUCUAUAUACAAGGCAGUCAGCUGGGCCUGAGCUCUGAGCUUCAGAGAACCUUCAUCGGAGGGCUUGGAGUGGUGGGAACCAGCACUCAGCCAGCAGAGGCCACGCCUCCUCAUUUCAUUGGCUGUCUACGAGACGUGCGUCUGAACUCUCAGCUCUUACUUCCUGAUACGUGGGACAGCGAAGUGGCAGUAAAUGUGAGCCCCGGAUGCAGAGACAGGCACGUGUGCAAGGACAGGCCAUGUGAGGCUAGAGGCCGGUGCAUGAAGCUGUGGCAGAACCGAGAGUGCGAGUGUUACAGGCCGUACGCGGCUCAGAACUGUUCUGAGGAAAACAUCCCAGCUAGAUUUGGAAAUGAAAACUGGCCAAGCUACGCUGUUUUUACCGUUGACGACAAUCCUGGCCCUAACAAUGUCAUCUCCAUGUUCAUUCGCACCAUGGAACAUUCAGGAUUGCUACUGGUUAUCGCAAACAGCACUAACCAGUACCUUAGGAUCUGGUUGGACGGUGGAUUUGUACAGGUUCAAGCCGACGAUUCUGAGAUGCUCCAAGGGGGGCAGUUUGUGAGUGACGGGGAUUUCCAUCUCGUGAUCGUGGAAACAGAGGAGGACCGGAUAUCCCUUUUUCAUUCUGGUCAGAAACAUGGUAUCACUACAGCGAUACAAACCCUACAAAUCCGAUUCAAAGACAAGAUCCACCUGGGCGGCUUGGUGGAUCAAACUGCCUCCUCCUUGUUUGGCGGUUAUUUUAAAGGCUGUAUUCAGGAUUUGCGCAUAAAUUCCAAGCACCUGCAGUUUUAUCCAGUUGAAACACCAAUAAGCUCCUACACUCUAGACACCAUUGUUAAUGUUACAAGUGGUUGCACCAGCGACAACAUCUGCAAUAGAAAGCCUUGCCACAACGGGGGAACAUGUCAUUCCCUUUGGGAGGACUUCUCCUGCACCUGCCCACCACAUGCCACCGGGAGGAGCUGUGAGCAUGUGCGGUGGUGCCGCCUGGCACCGUGCCCCCCAGCGGCAGUCUGUCAGCUCCAUGACGAGGGCUUCGACUGCAUUUCCAAUGCAACCUUUCGGGACGGCGGCAGUCUUGUGGUUUACAAAACCAAUGGGAAAAUUAUUCGCAAUCUGACAAAUGUCUCCUUCAGCAUUCGGACACGGACGUACAACGUAACCAUUCUUCGUGCAGGAAAAGGGCCAGAUUUUUUCACUGUAUUUCUCCAAGAUUCCUUCCUCUUCCUGGAGUUGCGCAGUGGCAGCAGCUCCUUUACACUGCGUUUGAGGAGUCAGUGUGUGAUCGGCGAUGGAGAAUGGCACUCAGUGGAGCUCUCCAUGGUGACUCCUUCGGCUCCGACCUCCCAGUGGUCCAUGGUCAUAGACAAAGGAAGGCACUCGACCAUUUCUGGUGUCAGCGCUGGGAACCUGGACUUCCUGAAGGACGGGGCAGAUGUUCUUCUGGGGGGAUCAGGUCCAGAUGCAGCUGGAAACUUGGUUGGGUGCCUGAGUACGGUAGAGAUCGGCGGUAUCGUGCUGCCCUACUAUGGAGACUCUGAGCUGAACCAUCCAAGGUUCCAGGAAGAGCAGUUCAUUAAAACAACCAGUGAGCCGGUAUCACGGGGCUGCUCACACUGGUGCCUCUCCAGCCCUUGUGUCCACGGCAACUGCAGCACCCUGUCUCUGGGAUAUGAAUGUGCGUGUGAGGCAGGCUACACAGGAAUCAACUGCGAGGGUGAACUGGACUUCUGUGAGGGGCACAAGUGUGCGCAUGGUGCCACCUGCCUCCACGGUGCCCAGAACUACUCCUGUCUCUGUCCAGAUGGCUACUAUGGUCCUUACUGCACUGAGGCAGUUGAAGAGAUUCCCUGGCAUAUAGUCCAAAAUCAGCUGCCGGUGUCCAUCUGCGGGGGCAAGCUGACGAACUACACCUGUUACAAUGGUGGGAACUGCUCAGAGAGCAGGAUGACGUGCGACUGCCUGCCGGGCUUCGUCGGGGACCGAUGUGAGGUGGAAAUUAACGAGUGCGCAUCCCUCCCCUGUGUAAAUGGAGGGUUCUGCUUGAACAUGAUCAACAAGUUCUACUGCAACUGUCCCAUCGACUUUGCUGGGGAGACGUGCCACAUUCAUCUAAGCGGCGAUGGUCUGGUGUCCCAGCUCCUGCUGUCUGCCUGCUCGGUCUUGGUGGCACUGCUCCUCGCCAUUUCCCUGACUUUUGCUGCCCUCGCCGUGGUCGUGAAGCGAAGGGCAUCCCAUGGUGCCUACAGCCCCAGCAGGCAGGAGAAGGAGGGCUCCAGGGUAGAAAUGUGGAACAUGGUACAGCCUCCACCCAUGGAGAGACUCAUUUAAAAGGCUCCCACCCCCCGCCACUCCUAAGAUGGUACAGCCUGCUGGGCAGAUGCAUCAAAGUGAGCGUCUGUUCUUCAGUAUGGCCGGCAAGCUCUCAGGAAGUUCAGAAGCAGCCGGAACCACCAAAAGGGAAUAUGCAGCCAGGAUGCGGACCCGAUCUACAACAAAAUUGCAAACGAACCGGAUCAUUCACCCAGGAACUACACCACAGAUAAAUGUAUCUGAACAAACUGGAGAGGAUACUAGACACCACAGUCUUGGAUUAGUACAGUUUUUGUAUUUGUUUAAUGAGUCAAAAUAUCAUUACUGAUGGUACAUUGCAUUUGGGUUUAAUGUAAUACUUUACCUGUUAUUACUUAAAAGGGAUUGUGUUAAAUUGUGUCAUAUUUUUCUCUGUGAUUUAAUUUAUGAUGUACUAGAAAAACAAAAUGGGGCAGUGAGGGAAAGUAUUUUAGCGAAUUAGUUAUAUUUAGAUAUUUUUGUAUUUGUAAUUUAUAAAUAUCUGUUCGCUCAUUCUCCUGAUUUACUGUUAGUGCCUUUUAAUACACUUUGUCACCAACCCACAUUUUCUUAUUCUUUUGGAACUUUUUGGAAGAUUAAAAGAUUCCUGACAUUAGCUCUGCAUUUCCUACUCAAGGUAUUAAUCUCAACUAGAUACAAUUAAUCAGGAUUUCUGAGAGCAGACGGCCAUUUAUUCGAAACCAGAACCAACACGCCUGGCAUCAACAAAUACACUACAUUCAAAAUCUCUUAGCUGGUGCAUCCUAGCUGUUCUAAAGCUUAGCAGAGCAGUUAUAUAUAUAUAUAUAUAUAUAUUAGAGCCAUUUUGUUCUGUGGUAACUAGCCAUUUGUAUUUUAGUCUGUAGUCCAGACUGACUGUUAGCGAGGAGGGAAAACAAACCAACAAACGUUGCAUAAACAUCCAUAUUUUGUUUUUAUUUUUCCCACAGUGAGUAGCUACCAGAUAUUCAGUUGUUCUAUUUGCUCAACAACACAAUGUUUUGUCAGGUUGUAUUACCAUAGUUAUUUCUGGAGGACAUGCAAGUGUGAACCAAGUUAUGCAGUAAUUAAGAGGAACAGAACAGCCUUUGGAAUGCUGGCUUUUGAUGGGUGAAUCGUCAUUGUGUGUGUAUAUAUGUGUCUGUGUGUAUGUACACUCACAGUAUAAACAACAUUUUUUA